GUGCAUGAACUCCAAGUUGUGAAACAACUGAAACUUUGCAGCGGGCCCCUUUCCCUGGUCCUCAUCCUGUGCCUUCCUCUUUCUCUGACUGUCCCCCCCACCCUUCUCCUGCCAACUCCCCCCAUCUCGCAGCCCCUCCCACGAAAAGACACAUUUCCUGAUGUCAUUACUAAAUCAUAAUGCAGCUCAGCAAACAGAUGUUGUGAGCCCCGACAAGUAGGUCCCGCGACCAAAUUUACAAGCUGGUAGUGAGAAAACACGAAGCAAAGGAUUUAUUUCCGGCGACUUAAUGAAACAGAUUCUCAUGUGCCGCUUUUUUAAAGUGAUGACAGCUAGAAACUGCUUUCCCCGACAGAUGUACCACCCCCCUAUAAGUUCCCAGUGACUUUAAGCAAGCGUUCCCACAUAUUGGGGAGACACAAACUCUUUCUUUGUAAGCAUGCGUGUGUAAAAGAGGUUGGCUUUUUAAACAGCUGGCCACUCCUGACUAACAGCUUGCUUGGUGAAAUUAACCUAAAUAUGAAAUCGUGGGCUGCCUGCACAGCACACCCUGCAGUCAUGAUUACAUCCACCCAAAACGCUAAGCCCUAAAUGUUUACUUAUGUUUCCUAUUUGGCAGAGGCAGCCCAAAAGGCAAAUAAAUCACAUGCUGUGCGCUGGCCAGGCCUUCGACUGUGAGAAACUGAGACUAAAAAGCAGAACAAGAGUUAAAGAGUAAAGGGUUUUCAGAUGUGCGUCCAGCCCCAGCUUGGGUGUGCUCCUUUUAUUUAGGAGAAUGGAGAGGACAAUCUUUGUUGCCUCCACCCCUUUCAAAAAGGAGGAAAGACUUGAAGUAACGUGCGCUGGAGAAAGACGAGCUGCUGACAAGGUGCAGGGCCAUCAGACAGAUCCUUAAGGAACAUCUGGUAGCAGCGGGUAACAUUGUUUGGACAUCUGGUGACCGAAGACAACACUGCGCCCUUUCCUUCCUGUUUUGUAUCCUGGUAUGCCUUGCUUAAGAAGUCUGAAAGGUUUAGAUAGUCAUCUGGGGGAAGCGCACCUUUACUUGUUUUUUCUGACAUGAAGGGAGCACUUGCUUUCAUUGGGGUAUUCCUCUCCUUUCUCUCUGCAACUGCAGCAACAGGCGAGCCGAUUGCGACUUGUGGAAGCGGGCCGUAUUGUGAAUCUCUUUGCAGCAUUUGUGAGGAUAUUUUCUCUGGGCCAAGCGUGGAGUGCCUUUCUGCACUCUUUCACCAUUUUUGUAUGCCCAAGUUUAACAAUGCAAUGGAUUUAUUAAACACAACUGACUGGUGUGUUUGGGGAAACGUGAACAGUUUGUACAGCAACUUAAGCAUUUGCACAGAAGAGAUAUCUGACUGCCUUCAGAUCCCAUGGCCCAACCCACUGGUGGAACAGAUAUUUGUGGAUAUUCACUCCACGUAUUUCAAGGAGUGUCCCACAGAGGAGUUCAGUGACCCACCACCAGCAACCGUCUUUGCCCUGGUCAUCACUCCCAUCUGCCUGAUCCCCAUCAUGGUCAGCUUGGUGGUGCUCAAGACCAAAAAUGGUGACGGGAGCUCCUGAUUGACCAGAAUGUCCUUCCUGCUUUUCCCAGUAUCUCUACCAACACAUAAACUAUCAGAGCAGCUUUUAAUCUUUGCACCUCACAACUCACCUGCACAAGAACCAGAGGAGAAGAAGAUCAUUUAGAAUCUUCUUAUAGACUCACGUGAACUACAUUUCCCAUACUAUACUGUAUCACAUUUACUGUAUCUAAAGUUUUAAGAUAAAGACUGUGACUAGUUUUUAACCACUCAAGUGAACUUUUGAUUAUUUACUGAACCACUUUGCACUUGGUGUUCAGAAAACGGAGCUACAUUUAUACUGGAACGAAUGUAAUCAGGAUUUUUGAAGACUAAAGCUGCGUGGCUUGCUAAUGAAAUAGAUGGGAUAUCUACAUGAAGUCUUUAUGUAUUCUCGUUGAUCGCUCUAAUUAGCUUUCAGCUGACAAUUGUGAAUCCUGUUUUGAGACAAUCUUUGAAAAUGAAAGGCUGAGAGAUUCCUAGUUGAGUCAUCUUGUCUAGGACAUUUGGAGUCAAAGGUUACUGUUGACACAUCAUGUUGAGAUGUGAUUGAUGAGGUCCUGAUAUUGUGUGUCCUCUCUUUUUGUAAUAGAGUAUGCUGAUUUUUCUUGAUGAGACAAAACACUGAAAGUCUGUGUGCAACCGUGAAAUGCACUGAGUAAUACUGACAAAAGUUUGAUCUUUUGCUUGCAUCAUGAUGGGUGUAGAUUGUUUAGUUUUGAAUGACGACAAGCUGUUAGCUUUCAGAAGUGGAACAAGAGCUGUAUUUAUGUGUAGUGUUGUAACUUUGUUAUUUGGGAAACACCAGUGAUAUUUCUGAACACUGAGAGAUUAUAGUGCAUUAUAUCUGUUCUUACUCUUAUGUAAUUUCCACCUUAUUUUAAACAAUUAAAUAUCAAUUUUUGCCUUGCUGUUUUUUUCUUUUUUGGAUAAAUGGCUGCUCAAACUACUAUUACUGCAUCCUUUUUUUUUUUUUUUUUUUUUUAAUAAAAAGGCAGAGAGAAAGUUGUCUUUCACCAUAAGCUUCUCAUCUUUUUAAGUGUUGAAUUGAAACUAUUCAAACCCUUUCCUGUUGGGUGUUAAGAGGAACUGGGACAGAUGGCUUUUGUCUUUGCUUAAAGUGUUUCUCAGCAUCUGAAGUGUACAAGUGCUAUAGUGAAAGAAGUCUAUACAGCAGAUAUGUAUCCCACCCUGAUCUGGCACGCAUGACUUUGUACCGGUUGCCCUUUUCUAUUGUUGAGUGUGUGAGUGAAAUGGAUAAAGCGUCUUUAGUGAUCUUA